AUGUGCAACAUCAAUGUUGUAUCACUUAUUAUAUUCGUCUAUUUCAUUUUUCUUCAAUUAUCCAUUAUCAACUGUCGUCCUCAUACUCAAAAAAUACUUGUUCAUGGUCAUGAAUGGACAGUGCCAAAUGAACCUGGUUGGGAAGACGUUCUACAAGAAGCUGAACCAGUUCGUCAUAAAUUCUUAACCAAUUGUGCAUCAAGUCGAGAAUGUCGAUUGGCUGCUGAACUAUUGCGCAAAAUCUUUUUAAAACAUCCAGUUUCGGCAAAAUAUUAUGAUGAUUCAAUGGGAAACCAAUAUCCAUCUGGUGAUAUGAAUUCAAUCUUUAAAUGGGGAUGA